GGUAUCGUACAGGGUCGAGGUUGGCAAAUUAUAACUGUCGCUUUCGAACCGACCAAGUUUGGAGAGUACUGCGAAUCUUGGGACUUGAUCGUUAAUAUGUAUCAGAAAGCCUGUAUCAACUUUUUCGGAAAUGCGGAAGUGAGCCAAAUAGAGGUGACGUCUCACGGCUACAAUCCUGAGACCCACGCAAUGCUGGAGUUUCCGUCGACUAUCACGGGCUGUACAAACUACUGCACCUCCUAUCUGCACAAUCUAACUAGAAUGAGUAUACACAUGCGGGUUCUUAAUAAUGUGCCAUGGUUAGGGGCUGACAACAACGGCUGGAUCGUCUUGGCGCCAAAAGAGAUCGUCAAUUUCCAUUGGUGGUUCUUCCCCAAGGAAAACAACAGAGUAUACGACACUAUUGUAACUGUUUCGUGUAUUUGCAUUAUCGGUGAUAGGCCCGUUGGGACACCCACUGAAGUAUUUAUCCACAUAUCCGGGUUUUCGGAACUACCCGACCUAAGGGUACUACCGAAAUCUACAAAUCUUCAUGACUGCGUAGUGGAUGAAAGCAAGGUUCUUUCAAUCACGCUGUAUAAUUACGGUUCUUGUUAUUUCACAUCGAAGCUAUACUACAAGUUGGAAGGCAUGGGUGAUGAUUGUUCGGCAGAUAAGAUUGAAAUUGACUCCACUGUGAAUAGCCUAAAGCCGUCAAGUUUUUGUGGGGUGAAAUUGACAAUUACACCAUACAGUGCUGGCUCUAGACAAAUAAGCAUAAAAUACACAGUGCUGUUCAGGAACGAGCAGGAUGAAGUGGAUGAGAUACAGCCUAUUAGGAAAACCAUUUGUACUAUUUGGUAUGAUGGUAUCUAUCCCACGUUCAAGGUUAAAAGAACAAUAUCCGUAAAAUGUCCCAUCAUUUUAAGCAAUCAUUGCGUGUGGAAUAUUCUCAAUGUAGAAGAGUUAAACAAAGCAUUAGAAGAUUCUAGACCGAAUGUGCCUUUAAACGUCAGUCUCUACGCACCAGACCUCUGCUAUCGUACCGAACCCGUUGAACUGAUUCUGGUGUUGGGCUGUGUGUACCGAGUGCCUGUGGCCUGGACUCUGAGACGGGAGAAGAUCUGCGAUUGUGAAAUGGUCGAAGUCAAAGUUGGCAUAUCCCUCUACGAGAUGCGGCAUAAUUGUCAACAUAGGGACAUGGUCGAAAUUUAUCCCUUGAAUGGAAUUGUCGCGCCAGAUGCUCCUGUUCUUCUACACAUGAAGCUUCAAUACACCAUGGAAGGCAGCAACACUCUUUGUUACAUACUGUCGCUGCCAAAUAACCGUACCAUCAAUAUAUUCGUUAAGAUAAACACCCAUUGCAAAUCGAAGGGAAUCCUCACACCGUUGCGAAGAAAUGUUCAUGAUACAGAAUACUUGAGCAUACUGGACUGUGGAAGAGUGCCUAUAAAUAACCUCGAUCCAGUUAUACGGAUUGUUUGGCUCUACAAUCCCACAGAUGUAUUCACAACGUGGAGAUUACUGCAGGGAAAUGCCAUAACUCCGAAUGCAGUUAUUCGAUGCUUGCAAUAUUUUGCCGAAGUGCCGCCUUCGGAUAAACUGGCUGUACCAUUUGCGUUCCUGCCGAUGGAGAUGGUGGAUUACGAGGUGGUGUUUUUAUGCUCAUUUGGAUACGAUAUUGUCAAGAUCUUGGUGAAGGGCCAGGGUGGUUUGCCGAAUUGUGUGGAGACAAGAUUGGAUAUACCGUACUACAUUGAGCGAACUAUUCGUUCAGCUUACACGGAGAAAGUUGUUUAUUUAUCAAAGGAGCACAUAACUCUGUCAGUAAUGCCGACCCAUUCACUCUCAAGAGACAUUAUUGCCAUAAACAACGAUACAGACCAUGUUUUAAGAUUUAUAUGGAUGCCGGAAAGGAUAGCGAACAUUGUUAACGUAGUAAUGACGCCGUGGUGGGGUGUUCUGCAGCCGAAGACUUCCGAGUGGAUCACCAUGACUGUGUACACUCUUCACGAACCUGCCACUUUCACGGCAUAAAUGAUUUUCCGCCCUACGUGUUGGAUCUUAAGAAACCUCAACCUACAUACUUAGCACUGACUGUUUCUGUGUCAUCUAAAGGACAACGCGACGGUUGCACCAGAAUGCUCGUGAGGCAAAUGUGGGAACAG